AUGGCUUCAUUGACCAGAUUUCCAGGGGUGGCAUUGAUCACUGGCGCAGGUGGCACAGGCAUCGGAGCCGCUGUUGCAAAAGCAUUUGCUACAUCUGGAUGCUCACGUUUUGCCAUCACCGAUAUCAAUGAAGCAACACUCGCCAAUACUCGCCGAGCCAUAUCAGAAAUAAACCCCCAAGCGAAAGUAUGCUCAGCAGAAGGCGAUAUAUCCGAUCCCAAAUUUGUCGAGUCUUUUCUACAGAAAACGACGCACACUUUCCGGCGCGUUGAUUAUUCGGUUCAUUGUGCCGGAGUUCUAGGAACGGCCCAGAGAUCACACGAAACAGCAGUCCAAGACUUCGAUCGAAUCAAUAAUAUCAAUUACAAAGGCACCUGGCUGGUGUCCCGAGCGGCGAUUUCCCAGAUGCUGCAGCAAGACUCAUUAGCCGAGCAUCCAAAACAGAGAGGAGCGAUUGUGAAUGUCGCAAGCCAACUUGGAAUAGUAGCCAGGCCAGGAGCAGGUGAAGUUCCCAUGUUAGGUUCACAGACUAAUUAUUCUCUUUCGACAGCCCCUUAUUGCGCUUCGAAAGCCGCCAUAAUCAACAUGACAAAGUCAGACGCGAUUGAUUAUUCCUGUGACGACAUCCGGGUAAAUUGCGUCUGUCCAGGAGUCAUUGCAACCCCAAUGACAACUGGUAGCAGAGAAGUGGAAGAGCGAUUGAGGCCAGCAGUCGAGAUCGCCCCAAUGAAGAGAAUGGGCACACCGGAAGAAGUGGCAGAUGCUGUGUUAUUUCUUUGUUCUUCGCAAGCAUCUUUCAUUCAGGGCCACGCACUGGUUGUCGAUGGCGGCUAUACAAUUAAUUGA